AUGCCAUUGUUGUCGGCAAAAGAAAUAGUAUGGUAUGAAAAAAAAUUAUCUCACAAUGUGGUUUCAUUUACUUCUAAAAAAUUUGAACCUAAUGGCUCCGUUGAAGAACAAAAUCAAAUACAAAGUAUUUUAUCUGGUAUACAUGAUGUAAUCUCGACUGAAAGGGUUAAAAAAAUAGACUCUCUUUCACAAGCCAAAUGGCAUCCGGAACUUCAAAUGGCAGAGGUGGUUCGUCAAAUAGGAUCCCAUUGGUUUAAGAUGGGACAUGUGAUAAAUAAAAAGCUUUACAUAUAUCCGGAAGAAGCAUUAUAUUUGCUUGAAUGUGGACACCUGGAACUUACCUACAAUGAAUUGCCGCUAAGUAUUCAAAGAGCUUAUUUUUUACUUUUAGAAAACGGGGAAAAUGGUGUAUCACUUGAAAAUUAUCGAGUUUAUUCAUAUUUAAAUUCUGCUGGUUUUAAAGUUUUAAGACAUUCUUCGAACAAAGUUUUCAAGCAUAAAAAACAAGAAAAGCAUUUAAAAAGAGAAAUAGAAACUCUGAAUCCUAAUUGUGAAACUUUAGGCAGCAAAAAAGUUAAAUCGGAGGGUGAAGAAUCAAUGCCGAGUUUUCAACAAAUAUCCAGAUUAAGUCAAAAAUUUAAUGAUAAUGUUCCAGUGGUUAAUGCAAUCGUAUUUCCUGACCAUAUUGCAUUUUAUCAAAUAAACUCCGUUAUCGUUCCUGAUGCUGAUGAUAUAUAG